AUGGUAGCUGGGGCAGAAGCGCCCCCCUUUACCGAUCUGGAAAGAUCCCUCCUAGCCCUGAGCAUAGCCCUCUUUUCCUUUCUCGCUACCUUCGGUAACUUCCUCCUCUGGGUAUCCAUUUUGUGUAACAAAAGUCUUCAGAGGAUCAGCAAUCUCUUUAUCUUUAACCUUUCUCUGACUGACAUGAUUGUGGGUGUGUGGAACAUGCCUAUAACUUUCGUGUCAGUGGUCGCUAACGCCUGGCUCCUCCCCGACUGGGCCUGUGCCUUCUCAGCCUUCAUUGAUAACACUGUUCUCUUUGCUAGUGUCUGGACUGUCGCUUUCUGUAGUUUCGACAGAUACUACAUGCUGUGUAGGCCCCACAGUUACAGAUCCUCCAUGACGAAGAGAAAAGCUCUGAUAAUGAUAGGGGUUAUUUGGUUUGUGUCGUGUUGUUUCACCAUCAUCCCCCUUUUUCAGGUGAAAUUCGCCUACUACAAGUACAGUCCCUUUGCUUUCUCCUGUGGGUUGAACUGUGACGACAAAGGGUGGGGGUUCGUGUACUGUACUGUCUACACCAUAUUCUUUGUGCCUCUUCCGCUCGGAUUUAUUGUCUUCUUUUACUUUCACAUCUUCAGGGUAUCUCAGAGACAUGGAAAGAAAGCAACCAACAUCUCAAACAACAAGAAGGACUGUAAAAAGCAGUCGCGACAGCAAAAUAACCUGCGGGCAGCUCUCAUGAUCCUUAUCAUAAUUGGCAUGAUGAUGUCUUGUCUUCUUCCUAUAUCAAUAUUAGGAAUGUUCAGCUUUAUCACUGGAUCUACUGCAAUCUCAUUCAAAAUAUUUGUCGCUUUCCACUGGCUUCUUCUUUUCAACAAUGCAGUGAACCCUAUAAUAUACGGUUUGGUAAACCCCGUCUUCAGAAAAGCCUACAAGAACACAUUAGAAAGGUUCCUCCUCCACGUGGGCUGCACCACCAAGACACCUGUACAGAAGACACUACACAGUAGAACAGUGGACGCUAACUCCAAGUCCACCUCCUCGCUAGACGAGGUGAUGACAGUCCAGCCUGGGGACAGGAAGAAGAAAAAGAAGAAGAGGGGGGGUCCCAACACACAACUAUCUGUAGUCUCCCUGAUAUCCACCCACACUGCUACUAGUGGGGGCAGUACUUCUAAUCUCCGGUCUUCUUCACAUGUGCGGUAA